AGGAAUCAAAACGCCUACCACUACAUUUGAAUUGGGAAUAGCAUCUAGAAUACGACUUUUACUAUUUCUACCAUGCAAAAAUAGUAAGACUAGUAUUGAGAAUCCAGCCCAUACUCUGAGCCUUUACUGAAUGACACACGAAUAGCGCCACCUCAACGUCACAGCUGACGUUACGUAACGUGGGAAAAAGUUAAUUUGUAAGUUUCUUGCAAGAGGUAAGAUAAGGACGUGUUUAGGACAACGUCGAUCUCUUUUUUGGAGGUAACAAGACAAAAAAGUGUGUUAGCAGACAUGAGGGUGUGCAUCAUUGGAGCGGGGGUCAUCGGCCUCUGCACCGCUCAGAGCAUCUACCAGCACUUCCACAGCAGGAUCAGCCCCCUCACCAUAGAGGUGUAUGCUGAUGUCUUCACUCCACUCACCACCAGCGACGGGGCAGCUGGACUCUGGCAGCCGUAUCUCUACGACAAGGGCAACGUGCAUGAAACUAAAUGGAACAAAGAGACGUUUGACUAUCUACUAAGUUGCCUCAGCUCUCCAGAUUCAGUGAAAAUGGGAAUCUUCCUUCAGUCUGGCUACAAUCUGUGCACUGAACCCCUGCCAGACCCCUCAUUUAAAAAUGCUGUGUUGGGUUUUCGCCAGCUGACUAAACGUGAACUAGACAUGUUCCCGGGAUACAGUUUUGGUUGGUUUAACACCGCUCUCAUGAUUGAAGGAAAGACAUACCUGCCCUGGCUUAUGGACUGGUUAAGACAAAGAAAGGUCAAGUUUUAUCAGAGGAAGAUUGGUUCAUUUAAAGAGUUGGCAGAUAGUGGUGCUGAUGUUAUCAUCAACUGCUCCGGUGUCCGAUCAGGAGACCUCCAGCCUGAUCCUGAGCUCCAGCCAGCCAGAGGACAGAUCAUUAAGGUAGACGCUCCCUGGUUGAAACACUGGAUCCUCACACAUGAUUCCUCAUCAGGAGUCUAUAACUCACCGUACAUCAUUCCUGGGAGUCGUUUAGUCACUGUUGGUGGAGUUUUCCAAGUAGGAAACUGGAAUCUGCAGAACAGUUCUGUUGACCAUAAAGGAAUCUGGGAAGCCGCCUGCAAGCUUGAGCCCAGUCUACAGCAUGCGCGGAUAGUAGAGGACUGGACUGGUCUCAGGCCCGCACGCAGCAAAGUUAGACUGGAGAGAGAGACCAUACGAUCUGGACCAACCUCGUUUGAGGUCAUUCAUAACUACGGACAUGGUGGUUUUGGACUGACCAUCCAUCGUGGAUGUGCUGAGGAAGCUGCUCGUCUCUUUGGACAGAUCCUGGAGCAGAAAGGCCUGCUAGCACACUCUAAAUCACGUCUCUAAUAGAUCUAUGCCUCUGGACAAAUGUUUAGACAUGUUAUCUACAGUAUCAAUUCUUAUUCUCACUAAUAACAAUUAUCACACUGAUUCCCCCAAGAGAUAAUGAAUCUUCAGAAUUUCAUACAUUUCUCUACAUUUAUCUGCACUAAUCUAUAAUAAAGAUACAUAUACUCACUUUUUUUUUUUCUUGAAGCAUAAUUUAUUGUUAUCAUACAUGUACAUCCAGUGCAGUGGCAAGAGCUCUGUGCGCACAGACACAAAACACAAAAGGCAGGCAACUCUCUGCACUCACAGGAACAACUGCACACUUCCCAUCAUGCCACGCACAUACCCACUGUACAGUUGAAAAGGCAGAAAUACAAAUAACCGAAUAUAUUGAGCAGUCGAGCUGAAUAAACAAAGAUUGUUGCUAUAUGUUGUGUGUUUUGAUGCAAGCCGUUGUUUGAAAAAUGCGCUUGGAGCCUGAUGUGCUAGAAUAGACAAUAAUAAAAUAAAUGUGACCUACAGACCUGCUCUGAUGAGAGCCACUUGCUAUUGUUUUAUUGUUAUUGAGCUGUCUUUUAAGAUAAGAAUCCAAUAACCUUUGAUAUGCCUGAUUAUAAGGGAUCAACUGGAGUUUAUACACUUUACAUGAGUUAUUGCAGUUGGCAGCUGGUUGAAAGGAUGAAGAGAGGUGCUCUCAAGUGCUGAGCGGUGCGAAAUGAAGACUUUGGUGUCCACUAGAUACAUCACUGGUGUCAGCGAAAGUCUAAAACUGAAUGGAGGGUAAAUGGUUGAAAAAAGCAAGAUAGCAGACCACAAACUGGUGCAAUGUCUGAUUAAUAGCAGCAUCCUGUCUGCUUCAAUGAAGAGAUAAAAGUUCUCAUGACUUUGCCAAAGGAAUGCCGGAGUGUAAAGCCCUCUUAAAAAAAUUAAACAAAUCCUCUUUCUACUUGCUGUCGUACUAAACCUGUCGCAAUCGUACAUUCUCUUGUGCUAUCUUUCAACUUCAUGACUUCAGGUUC